GGCCGGGCGAUUUAUAUAGAAGAAAUGCUUGCCACGCUAGCAUUUCAAGUUCGAACGGUGAAACCAUACAAUCGUUGAGUUUUCUGAUCAAAGGUUAGAUAUCAUUGGUGAAAUUACUCUACAUUUAUCAACUUUGUUAAAUACCUCCACACAUUCAACAAUCAUGUUGAAACACAUCGUCCUUUUCAGCAUCGUGUUUUGCUUGGUGCAGUCGCAACGACCAUGGCAUGCUGGUAGUAGUAACAAUCGUUUACCUCAGGUUCUGCCUCAAUAUCUUGACGAACGAAUAGCCACGGAACAGCAAACGGCUCAGGCGAGUCUAGCAAAUCAAGCAACUUCAGAUUCAAUGAAUCAAGCAGGCCAAGGGACUCAAACAAUUGGCGCUCUUGGAACAAAUUUUCUCGGAAAUCGAAUCGGCGAUAAUACUCCGAGCACGACUAUCACGAUAAUCCCGUUCGAUUUACCCGUGGAUGCUCAUGGUGACGUUGAUUUGGUAAAUCGAAUCAAGACAUGGCCGAGAGACAAACAACCCUUUUGGUAUAUCAACUGGCAGGCGAUCCAGGCUCAUCGCGGUGAUGCGAAUAACGAUGCCCAACCGGCCCAAAUGCAACCGAAUCCGAUGUCGUUUUUUGCGGGUUAAGAGAACGGAUCAUAAAUUCAAUUUAACAUAUCAAACAAGACUGUAAAAUUAAGCAUUCGUUUUUAGCACUAGAACGCAAUUGAUAUUUAUGACCGCUGGCGAUAGCGGUUAUUCCUAGUCAAAGCAAACUCUUCGGAGAGAUAAACGAAUUCAUGGUUUUCGAGAGAAAUGUCAUAAUUUCAAAUUAUUGUGUUAUAUUAAUCUGGUUUCUCGAUGAUGAAGGCGUCAUAUGCAGUCGAAACAAAAACGUGAUUGUAUAAGUUUAUAUAAUUAUAAAGUAUUUUUAUAAUAAAAUUAAUUGAUAAAUUUUUAUA